ACCAUGUGAGUGAACCGACUCCAAACCCUUUGAAAUCCAUCCAUUUUCUAUUUCCGUCUCACUGAAUUUGGAUACUCAUCAGUGUCGCCCUUUCGUUUGAAUUGCACCGUUAAACUCUCCAGAUUCCUACCCAUAUUUUCUCUGUUAAUCUCGCGAGCUUAGCUAUGGCUGCCAGGGCUUCCUUCCUACUGCUCCUGUGCGCGCUACCGGCACUGAUUGCGGCCAUCCGCCCGGAGAGGAACCCAUUCACGGUGCAGGGUCGCGUCUACUGUGACACUUGCCGUGCUGGCUUUGAGACCUCCGCCACUACUUACAUUGCUGGUGCUGAGGUGGUUGUGGAAUGCAAGGAAAGGAAGACAUUACAAGUUGUGUACAGGAAGAAGGGGAGGACAGAUUCAACAGGAACAUAUAAAAUACUGGUAGAAGAGGAUCAUGCGGAUCAAAUAUGCGAUGCCAUGGUUGUAAGCAGCCCUCAGAGUGACUGUAAAGAAGCUGCCCCAGGCCGUGAUCAAGCCCGUGUUAUUCUUACCCGAAACAAUGGCAUCGCCUCCGAUGAUCGAGCUGUGAAUGCUGUGGGCUUCAUGAAGGCCGAGGCUGCGUCUGGCUGUGCUGAAAUUCUCAGGCAAUACGAAGAGUUCGACAAUGAGAAUUGAUUUCUGUAAUAUCUUGAAUUGGCCUGGUCUCUAUCUUGUUUAAUCUUGUUGGACUUAUCUCGGCCUUUCGACUUUGUGCCUUUGUAUGUGAGUUGUGAGAGGACCCUACUAAAUUAUAUUACUGUUUGACUUGGCAGAGAUUGCGUUCUAUGUAUUGCUGCUAUGAACUUCUGGUGUGUCUAUUUAAUCAGGAUUAAGAUUUCAUAGCUGAA